AUGUCACUCAGCGGCAAGGUGUAUGGCGUGACCGGCGGGGCAAGCGGCAUUGGCCUUGCAACAGCCAAACUCAUCUCGGAACGCGGUGGCACGGUCUGUAUCGCGGACGUCAAUACAACUGCCCUCAAACAAGUUGAGGCCUACUUGAAGACUAAAGACCCAAAAGUUCAGUUCUCAGUCACACAAGCCGAUGUCUCAAAUAAGAACCAGGUGGAAUCCUGGAUCACCGGCAUCAAGAGUCAGUUUGGUCGUCUAGAUGGAGCAGCCAAUAUUGCAGGCAUCAUCGGCAAAAGCCACGGCAUCCAGCCUCUUUCAGAGCUCGAGGAUGACGAGUGGUUUAAGAUUCUCAACAUCAACUUGACUGGUAUGAUGUACUGUCUUCGUGCAGAGCUCAAUCAUAUUGAGAAUGGGGGGUCGAUUGUCAACAUGGCUUCUAUUCACGCCACAACCGGCGUAGCAAAUCAUGCCGCCUACGCUGCAAGUAAGCAUGGAGUUUUGGGCCUUACUCGCGUUGCUGCGAAGGAGAAUGGUCAUCGGGAAGUACGUGUUAACGCAGUAGCACCGGGGCCGAUUUAUACUCCAUGGAUGCAAGGAUUUUGGGACAGGAUCGAGCGGCCAUCUGACGCGCCGUUUGACGAACCAAUUGCAUUCCGGCGUCAAGGUACUGCCGAGGAGGUAGCAAAUGUGGUUGUGUUCUUACUUGGGCCAGAGAGCAGUUUUGUUAGUGGAAGUUGCUACUCCGUUGACGGGGCCUGGAUCUAG